AUGGCUGAAGAGCAACCACAGGUCGAACUGUUCGUGAAGGCUGGCAGUGAUGGGGCCAAGAUCGGAAACUGCCCCUUCUCCCAGAGAUUGUUCAUGGUACUCUGGCUCAAGGGAGUCACCUUCAAUGUCACCACCGUCGACACCAAGAGGCGGACCGAGACAGUGCAGAAGCUGUGCCCAGGAGGGCAGCUCCCGUUCCUGCUGUAUGGCACUGAAGUCCACACAGACACCAACAAGAUCGAGGAAUUUCUGGAGGCAGUGCUGUGCCCUCCCAGGUACCCAAAGCUGGCAGCUCUGAACCCUGAGUCCAACACGGCUGGGGUAGACAUAUUUGCCAAAUUUUCUGCCUACAUCAAGAAUUCAAACCCAGCGCUCAAUGACAAUCUGGAGAAGGGGCUCCUGAAAGCCUUGAAGAUUUUAGACAAUUACCUGACCUCCCCCCUUCCCGAAGAAGUGGAUGAGACCAGUGCUGAAGAUGAGGGUAUCUCUCAGAGGAAGUUUCUGGAUGGCAAUGAGCUCACCCUGGCGGACUGUAACCUGUUGCCAAAGCUGCACAUAGUACAGGUGGUGUGUAAGAAAUAUCGGGGGUUCACCAUCCCAGAGGUGUUCCGGGGAGUGCACCGGUACUUGAGCAACGCCUAUGCUCGCGAAGAAUUCGCCUCCACCUGUCCAGAUGAUGAAGAGAUUGAACUGGCCUACGAGCAAGUGGCCAAGGCCCUGAAAUAAGCCCCUGCUGGGGCUCCCUCACCGGCUUCCAUCUUCUCCACGAAAGCCCUGGGUGGUUUCCACAUUGCUACCCAAUGGACACAUUUCCAGAAUGGCAGAGGAUCCUGGAGUACUUGUGUGGGCUGGGGUGGGCAGGGCGAUGAAGGGAAAGGAAGGAGACCUGGAUGAGGUUUUUAUUGUGGGUGGGGUGGGUAGGACAACCGUAUUUCAGUAAUAAAACCCAGAAUGAAAA